CAGCAGCAACUACAUUCUAAUUCCAACGAAUUUCUGCCAUGUUCAAUAUUACUGGACUCAUAUCAUGCUUUUUAUUCAACUGGCAGGCUCAUUCUCUUUAUUUUUCGAAUUGUGUCAUUGCUUGGAUGAUGUAGGUGGAUAAAACAUCACUACUUCGCUAUGGCCAUGGCACUUAUCAGUCUCACUUGGGAGACCCAGAAGCAGAGAGGGGUGCAAUUGUUCCUUCAAUGGGCUAUCAUGCAAGGAGUUGCAAUGCUUCUACAAAAUAGAUAUCAACGGCAAAGGCUUUGUACACAUAUUGCACUCGGCAAGGCUAGGAGAAUGGACGUUGUUUGGGGAGAAACUGCUGGAGUCGACGGUCAACUAUGGUUGUUGGCACCCAUUCUAUUCAUAUUACAGUUGAAGGUUGGUAAUGGUGAAGAUUGCAUACCUCGUAAUGGACGAUGGAAUUUUAACAAGCAACUCUUCACCCCCAUCCGAAUAGAACGGUGGGAAGUUGUCAACUUCUCUGCUCAUUGUGAUACAAGUCAUCUUUCCCGAGAACUUAUUAACUGUGGAAGGAACAAGGGCCUUGCAUCAGGCUCAGGAUAAGCGGGUUUGUGUUUGCUUCAUGAUCCAAGCAUCAUAGCUUUUGUGUUGUUGCGGCUUUGACAAGUUUCUGGUUAUGCACUGGACUUGUUUGUGGCAAGGUCUCAAAGAGGGAUUUUGGGAUUUUGGACUUGUUUUGUUUGUACUUAGCUCUUGUAAGUGUUGAAUAGAUCUGGGUCAUCCAUUUUUGUGGGGCCCAAAAAUGGGUUACCCAGAUCUGUUUGUGACAUGGUCUCUUCAGAUUUUUGAUCUUUGGAUCUGUUGUCUUUUAAAAUGAGGCCUUUGGCUGUCCUGUUUGUGUUUCUUCCUCUGUUUGGUUGAUUGAUUGAUUAAAUCUGUGUCAACAAUCUUGAGAUAUAAAUGUUAGUUUAAUGUGUGCAGGAGGUAAAUAAGAUGUGGGCAGGUUUUAGGUUAUUACAGACGGGCAUGAUAUCUACUAGAGAUGAGCUCUUUUUUUGACUCUUGUGCAUCUAGAUAUUUGUAACACUAUUUGAUAUGAAUCUAUUUCUUGUUGGAU